CUAUAAAACUGCCUCAAGCUAAAUCUCUCUCACAACAUAAACAUAUUCUCAUUUGCCAGUGAGUAUUUGACAGCAAAUGGGUUCCUUGGCAACAAUUGAAAAGCCGCAUGCAGUUUGCAUACCUUACCCGGCUCAAGGCCACAUAAAUCCCAUGCUAAAACUGGCCAAAAUUCUUCACCAUAAAGGCUUUCAUAUCACCUUUGUUAACAGUGAGUUCAACCAUCAACGCCUUCUUAAAUCUAGAGGCCCCAACUCUCUCACUGGCCUCCCAUCUUUUCGAUUCGAAACCAUUACCGAUGGCCUCCCUCCCACAGAUGUCAACGCCACUCAAGACGUCCCAUCUCUAUGUGACUCCACUAGCAAAUAUUGCUUACCUCAUUUUGAAAACCUUCUUGGUAGGCUAAACGAUCCCUCCUCCGAUGUUCCACCGGUGAGUUGCAUAGUUUCUGAUGGAGCUAUGAGUUUCACUCUUGAUGCAGCCGAAGAGUUAGGCAUCCCUGAAGUCCUUUUCUGGACUACUAGUGCAUGUGGUUUCAUGGCGUAUGUUCACUAUCGCCAAUUCAUUGAAAAGGGUUACACACCUCUCAAAGAUGAGAGUUACUUGACAAAUGGGUACUUGGAAACAGUUAUAGAUUGGAUACCAGGCAUGAAAGAUAUCCGGUUGAGAGAUAUCCCCACCUUUAUCAGAACUACUGAUCUUCAUACUAUUAUGAUAGAUUUUAUUCUGUCGGAGACUGAAAGAGCUAAAAGGGCGUCUGCGAUUAUUUUGAACACGUUUCAUGACUUGGAGAAGGAUGUUUUAGAUGCGUUUGCUUCAAUAUUGCCACCUGUAUACUCCAUCGGUCCCCUGCAUCUUCAGAUCAAUCAGAUCCUAGAUAACGACACGAAGCAGAUUGGAUCAAAUUUAUGGAAAGAAGAAACUGAAUGUAUCGAGUGGCUAUACUCAAAAGAACCCAAUUCAGUUGUUUACGUGAACUUUGGUAGCGUUGCAGUCAUGACGGCCCAUCAACUAAUUGAGUUUGCGUGGGGACUUGCGAACAGCAAGCAAACAUUUUUGUGGGUCAUUAGGCCCGACCUUGUUGCUGGUGACACAGCAAUUCUACCACCAGAGUUUUUGACAGAGACCAAAGAAAGGAGUAUUUUAGCAAAUUGGUGUCCUCAGGAACAAGUUUUAAGCCACCCAUCAAUUGGUGGAUUCUUAACCCAUAGCGGGUGGAAUUCUACGCUUGAAAGUAUCGGUGGUGGAGUUCCCAUGGUUUGCUGGCCCUUUUUUGCUGAACAACAAACAAAUUGCCGACACAGUUGAAAAGAGUGGGGCAUAGGCAUGGAGAUAGAUAACGACGUGAAAAGAGAUGAAGUUGAAAUCCUUGUUCGAGAGUUGAUGGAGGGAGAGAAGGGGAAAGAGAUGAAAACGAAAGCUAUUGAAUGGAAGCAGAUGGCGAAACAUGCCAUUACUGCUCCUUCAGGAUCAUCUUACAGGAAUCUGGAGGAGGUUAUCAACAAAGUGCUGCUGACUCCAAGAAGUUAGACUUAUUAAAUGCGUCAUGGAUUGCCAACUUUAAAUUUCUUCCUUCUUGUAACUCAGAUCUUGUAUGUUUGGAUUUAGUAAUUAAUAUUACUUUUAUGAUUUAUUUAUUUA